AUGUACCAUUCUCUGCUUGACCGACGACGCGACGCCGUCACCAUUUGUGUGCAGCUAUUGAGGGACAAUAGGGACAUGGCGCUGGAUCCGCGCUUCUACCACCACAUCGGCCAUCCAGGCCCUGGCUCGAUCUCAUCAGCCGCUUCUUCCGAACUCUCUGCCGCAACGGGCAUCACCUCGCCCAGCAUUCUCUCCACCUCCGCCUCCGCCGCCGUCCUCCGCUCCUCCGCUUCAAGUCCAUCCUUCCGCGCGCGGGAAAGCGUCGCGCUAUCCGGUCGCGAUGGGAUGGCUAGCCCCACACCGGGUGGUAAUGUGCGCGUUGUCGUACGAGUGCGAAAGUUCUUGCCUCGAGAAAUCGAACGCAAGGCGCAAUGCUUGAUAUCUAUGGACCCGCGGACACAAAUGACCUGCCUACAAGCCCCGAAGCCGAAACCGGGAGAUCUUGGAAAACCGAAGUUGCAAGCCCGCGGCAAGAUUCUGGAAGACAAGUCGUUCACGUUCGACAACUCGUUUUGGUCGCAUGAUGAGGAGGAUGAACACUAUGCGCAUCAGGAGGAUGUCUACAAUUCGCUUGGUGAGGAGUUCUUGGAUCAUAACUUCGAAGGUUACCACACGUGCAUCUUCGCCUACGGACAAACGGGUUCAGGAAAGAGUUAUACAAUGAUGGGGACGCCGGACAGACCUGGUCUGAUUCCUCGUACUUGCGAGGAUUUGUUCCAGCGCAUUGAGAACUCGCCUUCUCCCGAUAUCAGCUACAACGUUCGAGUCUCGUAUUUUGAAGUAUACAACGAGCACGUCCGAGAUCUUCUGGUCCCCCGAACGGAUCCGCCGCAUUACCUCCGCAUUCGUGAAUCUCCAUCGGAGGGUCCAUAUGUCAAAGAUUUGACCGAGGUGACGGCGCGAAACUACACCGAGUUGAUGAAGUUUAUGAGAAAGGGAGACGUCUCCCGUACAACAGCCAGCACAAAGAUGAACGACACCUCAUCACGGUCCCACGCGGUCUUCACCAUCACAUUAAAGCAAAUCCACCAUGACUUGUCCACAGACGAAACGACUGAACGUACCGCCCGCAUUAGAUUGGUUGAUCUGGCUGGCUCUGAGCGUGCCAAAUCCACCGAAGCGACAGGCGCCCGACUUCGUGAGGGUGCCAACAUUAACAAGUCCUUGACCACGCUAGGCCGUGUCAUUGCGGCUCUAGCAGACCCCAAGAAACCUCGCGGGGCACGCAAAGGCAAAGAGCUGGUCCCAUAUCGUGACUCCAUUCUCACAUGGCUAUUGAAAGACAGUCUAGGUGGAAACUCGAAAACAGCGAUGAUUGCCUGUAUUGCGCCCGCGGACUAUGAAGAGACACUGUCCACCCUCCGUUAUGCCGACCAAGCCAAAAAUAUUCGAACUCGGGCGCGUGUGAAUCAAGAUCAACUUUCCGCGGCCGAACGUGAUGCCCAAAUCGCGGAGAUGGCAGAGACUAUCCGUACCCUUCAACUCAGUGUCAGCCAAGCAGCCGUUCACCAGAAGGCGACGGAAGCCUCAGAUGAACGUCUCGAAGAAUACCAACAAAAAGUCGAAAAGAUGCAGCGACUUAUGGAAGAGACCAAAAUGGUCAGCGAAUGCAAAAUUCGACAAUUGCAGACAGAAAAUGAAGCCCUGCGUAUACACCUGAAAUUGGCUGUCGAUAGUCUCAAAAACCCAAUCCCGACUGUUCCGCUACCCUCAAGGAAACCCAGCAUAGUAUCAGUGCCAGAAGAGAACCAACCGCCUACACAUGAUUCAGAAGACGACCGCGAGUCGUCUCUAUCAGAUGCCGAGUCUGACGUGGAUGUUUGGGAAGAUGACGAUGAUACCGUCACCGACGAUGCCAAUGAACAAGAGGCUCACCGAAUGCAAAACCACAUGCAUGACCUUCUCGGUGAUUUGAGUGUUUUCAAACGAAAGUUGGCCACCGAUCACGAGCGCUUCCGCCCCAUCGAGGAACCAGAAACUCGGAAACGACGUGCCUUGGGACAAAUUAACAACAAUCGCUAA